UUUCAUCUAAAUUAUUUCGACUGUGACUGUGGCUUCUUCUGUACGCGCGUAUCGAGCUACGACGAUACAUUAAUUACACUAGAACGGUGAAGUUUAGUGCGAUGAAUUAAUUAUUAUUACAUGUUGUAUAAUGGAUCAAUCGAGACAACUUGGUGAAAAAUCCACGCUACCGUUCAUCGUCUAAACAUCCGCUUUCAGAUCAACUUUCCGCCGCUAUCGUCAUCCUCUCGAGCUUGGCCUACUCCUAAUAACUACAAUGCAAACCAGCAAAAUAGUCGAUUUGGAGAACGAAGAAGCCGUUUGUUUGCAGAAAGAAUUCGAAUGGAUAUUAACUGAAGAAGUGCACGCAGUACUGAAUCAACUACACAUCAUUUUAGUAGAAUGUGUUAGAAGAUUCCCAUUGCCAUUAUACGGUAAUGAUUCGGCAAAUAGCUUCAAGCAAGAAAAGUACGUGCUCACUUCGCCGCCGGAUCAGUUGAAAACUGUUAUAUCUGUCAACGGUGACAGUAUCGCUCAUGCUGAUAUUCAGUUUCGAGUGCAGAGACCUCAUCAGCAGCCGAUCGUUUAUAGAACUUAUAUACAAAACGAGCAUCCGUGGAAAUUACAGCAAUUACAAGAUGCUGGCAAUCAUGUUCAAGAGGCGUUGCUACAUAUUGAUAACAUCGAAAAAAGAUGCUCGUUUUGCUCGUCUGAAGAAGUAUUGCAUAUAUUAGCUAAAAUAUUAGGAUGUCUUCAGCGUGGUCGAACGUGCUUAAUAGUUCCCCGAAAGAAACCCAUGGAAGAAAUAAUUAAAAGUGGAAAUAUGAAGUGCCUGUUUCCUACGUUACCUGAUGAUGUAGCGAUUACAUUCUACGUGCAAAGUCAUAAAUUGAUAUUAGCCGUUUACCAGUCGAGUACGAUGCGUGGCUCGACGACGAAAUGCGACGCAUAUCAGGCCGAAUGUACGAUACCGUGGCUUAACGAAGUCUUGGUCUUAUUUACCGUAGCUUUACAAUUAUGUCAACAAUUAAAAGAUAAGAUCUGCGUUUUUGCUCAGUAUAAAGAUUUUACCAUCGAAUCGCGACCUCGCAGGCGGUCCUCCGUAUCAGUUCGAAUGGUAGAUAAAUUCUAAAAACCUAUUUUCCACGUAAUGUUUUAUUAUAAUUAUUAUUAUUACUAUUGUUGUUGUUGUUGAUUGUUAUUGUUGCUAUCACUGUUAUUUCUACUACGUAAAAAGUAAAAAGUAAAGAAAAAAAUGCAAAAUGAGAAAAAAAAAUACCUACAGUCUAGAUUCCAGAAUCAAUUUAUAUCUACUAUAAAUUUUACUUAACGAUUAUGGAAUUUUAUUCGAGUACGUGAGUCUUUUAACCGCCUUUGUAAGUUUUUUUUUCACGCCAAGUGAUCCACUUACAUAUGAGAAAAAAUGAAUAAAUAAAUCACGAGAAUCAACUUACUAUAUGGAAUAGUAUUAUGCAUUUUAAACUUAUAUAUUUUAAGACAGUUUAUAUUCUUCUUCUUCUUCUUCUUCUUCUUGUUUUUUUUUUCAUGUGGAAAUAUUACGCUAUUUCCUCGUAUUUAAUAUUUCUCCGUAUUGCUUUGAAAUAGUCGAGAAAAAAAUUAUAUUUAUACGGAGACAGCUCUACGAUAAUUUUAAGUAUAAAGUAUACUUUGCAAAAAUAAAAAAAAAUUCAUCCUAUAGAACGCAGAAUUCAUUAUAAAUUAAUAUACAACAACGUUCCAGUUGUAAUUUGUACUUUCACCAGUGAUGCAUAUAUUUUUAAUUUACAUAUUGUUAAUAAGCUCUAAGUUAUUCAGAGAGGAGGAUUGUGUUGUUGUUUUUUUUUUCGUAUGAGUAGAGCACGUUAACUUGUUUAACCUUGGCUAGUCUUAGAACAUGUAUGUAAGUUACGUGCUAGUCGUUGUUGAAAUUUGUUACCACCUUUUAUUUUUCUCGGAUAUUUAUUUGUUUGUAUAAUUUUGUGAUUAUUAUGUAACGCGACUUUUCCACAACCGAGGUGAGAAAUUUAGCCCAUUUGAAGUGGCUUUUGGAGGCGAUGGCGUGUCGGUAUCCUAUCGUAUCGUCUACUACAUCUGUGUGAGGAAGUAGUGUGUAUUUGUGUGAAUGUGUGUGUGUGUGUGUGGAAAGUAGCUGUGAAUUUAUCCCAAUUUGCAAUAUUUUCAACGCUGUUGACUCAAUUUUUUAACGAGUUAGAUUUACCUACGCAUAAUAUUAUAUAGUUUUUAAGUGAUAAAUAGAAAAGCAAUAAAGUAAGAAAUUUUUAAUGUUUUUGAAAAAAAAAAUUUGUUAUUUGUAGAUCACGCCUUGUAUUUUUGAUUUUUUUUUCUCUUCUUUUAUUUAUAUAUUUUACUUAUGUACCAUCUUUCGCUCUCCCUUCCCCAUUUUACGUUUUUUUUUUUUUUUCGUUCAUGUAUCAGCACGAAUGUACUGAUUGAGUAUAAAAAUUAUUAUUGUCAA